AUGGAGCCGCCAGCUGUGCUGGAGGAGAUGUCCCUCACCACAGCGUCUGAGCCAUCAGGUUGCCAGCUCUUUGGUUACGUGGGAAUCGAAGCUGUGCUUGACCAGAUGAAAAUCAAAACCAUGAAGACGGGCUUUGAGUUCAACAUCAUGGUUGUGGGGCAGAGUGGGCUGGGGAAGUCAACCAUGGUGAACACGCUCUUCAAGUCCAAGGUGAGCCGCAAGGCCUCACAGCCCAGCCAGGAAGAACGCAUCCCCAAGACGGUGCAGCUGCAGUCUGUCACCCAUGUCAUUGAGGAGAAGGGUGUGAAGAUGAAGCUGACGGUGACGGACACGCCGGGGUUCGGGGACCAAAUCAACAAUGAGAAUUGCUGGGACCCCAUCAUCAAAUACAUCAAUGAGCAGUAUGAGAGAUACCUGCGUGAGGAGAUCCUCAUCACCCGCAAGAGGAAGAUCCCAGACACUCGGGUCCAUGGAUGCAUCUACUUCAUCCCCCCCACGGGUCACUGGUUGCGCCCACUGGACCUGGAGUUUAUGCGGCGGCUCAGUAAGAUCGUCAACGUGGUGCCAGUGAUUGCCAAAGCCGACACGCUCACCCUGGAGGAACGGGCAGAGUUCAAGCAACAGAUCCAGGAGGACCUGAAGACCCAUGCCAUCAGCGUCUACCCGCAGGAAGACUUCGACCAGGACCCAGAUGACAGGGCGCUGAACGACAGGAUCCGGGAGAAGAUUCCCUUUGCCGUGGUGGGGGCAGACCAGGAGCACCAGGUGAAUGGCAAGCGGGUGCUGGGCCGCAAGACCAAGUGGGGCAUCAUUGAAGUGGAGAACAUGGCGCACUGCGAAUUCCCUCUCCUGCGGGACCUGCUGAUCCGGUCCCACCUGCAGGACCUGAAGGACAUCACUCACAACGUCCAUUACGAGAGCUACCGCGUGCGGCGGCUGAAGGAGAGCAACCGGCCGGCGCUGAGCCCUCUCAAUGGGCUGCCCAGCAAGGACGAGGGUGGCAGUGACCCCUGA